CAAUUAAAUAUUUCAAAUAAAAGAUGGACAUUAUAACAAUCCAUCUGGCAAAUUGCUAAUUCAAUGUAAUAUAUAUGAAAUCAAGUCAAAACAUAUGGUCGGACCACAAUAGCGGAUAACAUAUGGAUUUGUACACAAUUUUUCCCAUAAGUCACAAAAGCUCCCAUUUCCCUCUAUAUUCAGUCAGAUAACCAAACCAGAGAGAGACCGGGAGAGAUUGGGAGAGAGAGAGGGAGAGAGAUGUCAAAGCAAACAUAUAGCAUAUGUUUAUGCGUGAAACGAAAAUUCCGGCUGAGAGAUGUGGAGGCGCCGGCAGAUAUCAAGGCUUUGUUCGAAAAUUAUUCCGAAAACGGAAUAAUGAACGCCGGCCAUUUUCACAAGUUCGUGGCCGAGGUUCAGGGAGAUGACAAGCUCACCGGGGAGGAAGCCGAGGCUUUAAUGAACUCUUUUCUCAACGAACACAAACACUUCAACAUUUUCCACCGCAACACGAGCAGCUUCACCAUUGCACACUUCUUCCGGUACCUCAUGAGUGAGAUUAAUUCUCCUCUUCCUCAUCCAUCUAAGGUGCACCAUGACAUGACAGCCCCAUUGUCCCAUUAUUUUAUCUACACAGGCCACAAUUCAUAUCUCACAGGAAAUCAAAUCAGUAGCGAUUCAAGUGAGGUCCCAAUUGUAGAGGCCCUAAAAAGAGGUGUACGAGUUAUUGAAUUGGAUAUGUGGCCAAAUUCAUCUAAGGAUGACAUCAAUAUAUUGCAUGGAGGGACAUUGACGAAUCCAGUGAAACUGAUUAAAUGUUUGAAAGCAAUUAAAGAAAAUGCAUUUGUUGCAUCAGAAUAUCCUCUGAUUAUUACGCUGGAAGAUCAUCUCCCUCCACAGCUUCAAGCAAAAGUUGCAGAGAUGGUUUCUCAAACAUUCGAAGACGUACUAUUCUGUUCACCAUCAGAAUCCCUGCUAGAGUUCCCAUCGCCGGAUUCACUGAGGACACGUGUCAUCAUUUCAACAAAACAACCCAAAGAGACAAAGAAUCUCGAGACUAGCAAAUCAGUCGAAAAAGGCGAGUAUAGUGUCGAGGUGCGUGAGUCGUCAGAAGAGAUAUCGUGGGGUAAGGAAAUCUCGGAUUUGGGCGCGAGAUUUAGCAACAGCGGUCGAGAUACUAACGAUCAGGAAUACGAGAAUGUUAAGAUUGAUAAGAGCUCGAGACAAAAUGUCGUGGCCCCUGAGUACAAGCAUUUGAUCGCGAUACGAAACGAGAAAAUGAAAGGUGGGAUUAAAGAGUGGCUGCGAGUUAGUACCGAAAAUGCCCAUCGGGUGAGCCUGAACGAGGAGAAGCUCGAGAAGGCUGUUUUGACUCAUGGGACUGAAAUUAUCAGAUUCAACCAGAAGAACUUGAUGAGAGUGUACCCGAAAGCUACAAGAAUUGACUCUUCCAAUUUCAAUCCUUUUAUUGGGUGGAUGCAUGGUGCUCAGAUGGUUGCUUUUAACAUGCAGACACAUGGAAGGCCUCUUUGGUUGAUGCAAGGAAUGUUCAGAGCAAACGGUGGUUGUGGUUAUGUGAAAAAGCCAGACCUUUUACUAAACAUUGGUCCCAAUAAUGAGGUCUUUGAUCCUAAAGUACAAUUACCCGUGAAAACUACCCUCAAAAUCAAAGUUUACAUGGGAGAAGGUUGGAAUCUCGAUUUCCACCGCACUCAUUUCGAUCUUUAUUCCCCACCGGACUUUUAUGUCAAGAUUGGUAUUGCUGGGGUGCCUUGUGAUUCAACUAUGAGAAGAACUAAGGCAAUUGAGGACAAUUGGACGCCUGUUUGGAAUGAGGAGUUCGAGUUCAAAUUAACCGUCCCGGAGCUAGCUUUGCUAAGGGUGGAGGUUCACGAAUUCGACCUGUCAGACAAGGACGAUUUCGGAGGCCAAACGUGCCUUCCGGUUUCUGAGCUGAGGAUUGGAGUUCGUGCGGUGCCACUGCACGACGAGAAAGGAGAAAAAUACAAGUCUGUCAAGUUACUCAUGCGCUUUCAGUUUAUAUGAUAUGAUUUUUUUUAUUUUUUUAUUUUUUUAUUUUUGGUGCAAUUUCUCUUUUAUAUUUUUGGAUUUGUUUGAUUUUCUUACACAAAGUUGUGCAUGUUUGUAACCUUAUGUCCGGUGCAUUUGUGUGAUAUUUUGGAAUAAUUUGGCUCUCAAGUUUCAAAUGAGUAAUAAAGGUGCGUUGAGGUUGAAUAAGAUGGUGAAAUUAAUCAUA